CUCUUACAGCUAACCGAAGGGAGAUUGUUUUCCUCUCUCGGGGAGAUUUUCACUUUGCUGUUCACUGCUUAAAUUGUUUAUUUUAAGUCGCACGCCAUUGAUUUGCUUUCCACAUAUAUGUCGCUUUAGCGUCUUCUCCAGUCAGAGGUGUCGCGGUUAACUCGCAAGUCACGGACUAUCAAAUCAUCAUCUGCGAACUUCUGCUGGGUCUCGCAGCUCUCACGAGUAUGAGUUCAUAAUGAAGCGGCGUCUGGAGGAUCAGGAAACGGUUUUUGCGUCCCAGCAGCGACGCCUCACUGGCAACGCGGAGGCUUUCCAGCAUCGUGUCCUGGCCCCUGCCCCAGCUCCAACUGUGUAUGAGGCCGUGUCGGAAAACAUGCAGCCCACAGCAGGCGUCCAGUACUCCGUCCCCCAGGGAUUCCAGGUUCCCACCGUGGCCCAGAACAGCGGUGGGCAUGGGCACACCCCAAGCCCAACCGUCCACGGGGGGUCCCACCACCACAGCCCAGCAGUUCAAUCCCACGGGCCCUCAGUGAUGUCUGGGCACGGCCACACGGCUGCUCCUCAAGCCUCUGCACAGGGCCAGCAGCAGUUCCAGAGGCUUAAGGUGGAAGAUGCUUUGUCUUACUUGGAUCAAGUGAAACUGCAGUUUGGUAACCAGCCUCAGGUCUACAAUGACUUUUUAGAUAUAAUGAAAGAGUUCAAGUCCCAAAGUAUUGACACUCCGGGGGUUAUCAGCAGAGUGUCACAGCUCUUCAAAGGUCAUCCUGACCUCAUCAUGGGCUUUAACACCUUCCUGCCCCCGGGCUACAAGAUCGAGGUCCAGACCAACGACUUAGUCAACGUGACAACACCUGGUCAGAUCCACCACAUCACCCCGCACGGCAUUUCAGUCCAGAACUUGCCCAUAACAGGAGCAGCCCCCCAACAUCCGGCCCAGCUACCGUCUGCUGCAACCACCACCGCUCCACCCCUUCUAACACAGCCCACCCCUGCCAAGAUGAGCAAGCCUCUUCAGCCCCAGGCACUGACGCCAAGCAGCCAGAGCAAUCCGUCCAUCCCAACAUACACGUCUCCCCGCUCCCCACCCAUGCAACUCCAGCCACCGCUCAGCGGGAUCCCCACCGGUCCACCCAUGCAGAACAACCAGCCGGUGGAGUUCAACCACGCCAUCAACUAUGUCAACAAGAUCAAGAACCGCUUCCAGGGGCAGCCCGACAUCUACAAAGCCUUCCUGGAGAUCCUCCACACCUACCAGAAAGAGCAGCGUAAUGCUAAGGAGGCCGGAGGGAACUACACGCCAGCUCUAACGGAACAAGAGGUGUACGCUCAGGUGGCCAGACUCUUCAAGAACCAAGAGGACCUGCUCUCUGAGUUUGGGCAGUUUCUCCCUGAUGCCAACAGUUCAGUGCUGUUAAAUAAGACCACAGCUGAGAAGGCAGAAUCGGUUCGGAACGACCACGGUGGAACCGCCAAAAAGCUGCAGCUCAACAACAAACAGAGGCCCAAUCAGAACGGCUGUCAGAUCCGUCGGCAUCCCACUCCAGGGACAACACCCCCCGUCAAGAAGAAGUCUAAGUUGUUGGGUUUGAAAGACUCUUCAGUGGCAGAGGCCAGCAAGCACGGAGUGGGCACAGAGUCUCUGUUCUUUGAGAAGGUUCGUAAAGCCUUGCGAAGUGCAGAGGCCUACGACAACUUCCUGCGCUGUCUGGUCAUCUUUAAUCAGGAGGUGAUCUCCAGGGCUGAACUGGUGCAGCUGGUGCUGCCGUUCUUAGGAAAAUUCCCUGAGCUGUUCAACUGGUUCAAAAACUUCCUGGGGUAUCGCGAAAUGUCUCACACCGAGACAUACCCUAAGGAGCGGGCCACUGAGGGCAUCGCCAUGGAGAUUGAUUAUGCUUCCUGUAAGAGACUGGGCUCCAGUUACAGAGCUCUGCCCAAAAGUUACCAACAGCCCAAGUGUACGGGUAGAACUCCGCUGUGUAAAGAGGUCUUAAAUGACACCUGGGUCUCCUUCCCCUCCUGGUCUGAAGACUCAACAUUUGUCAGCUCUAAGAAGACUCAGUAUGAGGAGCACAUCUACAGGUGUGAGGACGAACGCUUUGAGUUGGACGUUGUGCUGGAGACCAACCUGGCCACCAUCAGAGUUUUGGAGACAGUUCAGCGGAAGUUGUCCCGCAUGUCGGCAGAGGAGCAGGCCAAGUUCCGCUUAGACAACACACUGGGUGGCUCCUCGGAGGUCAUCCACCGCAAAGCCAUCCAGAGGAUAUAUGGAGACAAAGCGCCCGACAUCAUUGACGGCCUGAAGAAAAAUCCUGCUGUUUCUGUCCCCAUUGUGUUAAAACGGUUAAAGACGAAGGAGGAAGAGUGGCGGGAAGCCCAACGAGGCUUUAACAAGAUCUGGAGGGAGCAGAACGAGAAGUAUUACCUCAAGUCUCUCGACCAUCAAGGCAUCAACUUCAAACAGAAUGACACCAAAGUGCUUCGCUCCAAGUCCUUGCUAAAUGAAAUUGAAAGCAUCUAUGAUGAGCGCCAGGAGCAAGCGACUGAAGAGAACGCCAACCUACUCACAGGCCCCCACCUGACACUAGCUUACGAGGACAGCCAAAUCCUGGAGGACGCAGCGGCGCUCAUCAUCCACCACGUCAAGAGACAGACCAGCAUUCAGAAGGAAGACAAAUACAAAAUCAAACAGAUCAUCUACCACUUCAUCCCCGACAUGCUGUUCUCUCGACGGGGCGAGCUCUCCGACGUGGAGGAGGAGGAGGAGGAAGAGGAGAUGGACCUGGAGGAAGGGGCCUCGAAAAAGCACAACGGCGUCCCCGGCGGCGGGAGCCCCUCCAAGUCCAAGCUGCUGUUCAGCAACACGGCGGCGCAGAAGCUGCGCGGCUGCGACGACGCCUACAACCUCUUCUACGUCAACAACAACUGGUACAUCUUCCUGCGGCUGCACCAGACGCUGUGCUCGCGCCUGCUGCGGCUGUACGGGCAGGCGGAGCGGCAGAUCGAAGAGGAGGUCAGAGAACGAGAGUGGGAGAGGGAGGUCCUGGGGCUCAAGAGGGAGAAGAACGACAACCCGGCCAUCCAGCUCAGACUGAAGGAGCCCAUGGACAUUGAAGUGGAAGACUACUACUCCGCCUUCUUGGAGAUGGUUAGGAAUCUGCUGGAUGGAAACAUGGACGCUUCUCAGUACGAGGACUCGCUUCGGGAAAUGUUCACGAUUCACGCUUACAUCGCCUUCACAAUGGACAAGCUCAUCCAGAGCAUCGUCCGGCAGCUCCAGCACAUCGUGAGUGAUGAGAUCUGCGUCCAGGUGACGGACCUCUACCUGGCGGAGAGCGCCAACGGGGCCAGCGGAGGAACCACUUCCACGCAGUCUUCACGGAGCUCCGCGGAGGCAGUCUAUCAGCGGAAAGCAGAGCAGCUCAUGUCUGAUGAGAACUGCUUCAAGGUGAUGUUUUUGAGGAACAGAGGUCAGGUGCAGCUCACGGUGGAGCUGCUCGACACAGACGAAGAGAACUCCGACGAGCCCAUGGAGGCCGAGCGUUGGUCUGAUUAUGUUGAACGCUACUUAAACCCAGAUUCCACCACUCCUGAGCUGAGGGAGCACCUCGCUCAGAAGCCCGUGUUCCUUCCCAGGAAUCUGAGGCGGAUCAGGAAGUACCAGAAGGGCCGAGAGCAGCUGGAUAAGGAGGCCUGCGAGGGAGGCAAGAAAUCCCUGGAAAAGGAGAAGAUGGAGUGCAUGUUCAAACUCAACUCUUACAAGAUGGUCUACGUCUUUAAGUCUGAAGAUUACAUGUACAGACGCACUGCCCUGCUGAGAGCUCACCAGUCACAUGAGAGGGUGAGCACGCGACUGCACAACCGCUUCCAGGCCUGGGUGGACGCGUGGGUCAAGGAGCACGUCACCCGCGACAUGAACGCCGAGACCAACAAGUGGCUGAUGGGCGAAGGGCGCGACGGCCUGUUGCCGUGCACCACCGCCCGCCACCCGGAGAUCCUCCACUUCAUGAACAUCAACAAGUACCGCGUCAAAUACAGCACCCCCAGCAAGGCGCAGUAGCCGACCACAGGAACAGGAGACUGACUGACUCCUGGGGGGAGGGGCUUGGUCCGAAGUCAAACAGGUCAGGAGUAGAGGUAGGGACGAGGGCUUAUUGAUGUGUUUUUAAAGGUCGACACGGGAGCACAAUUAAGCUAGUUGCCGUGUGUGUUGCACCCGGGGCGGCAGGAUUACUGAUUUUUACCAGCGUUUUUAGCUGGGCCCAUUUUUUCAUAGGGCCUUUGGUGCCAAAACUUAGGAAUGGUCGUGUUCCAGUCGCAGACCUGAGCUCUUACCAGCACUCGGAGCCACGUCACAAACUUCCCCGAGCCUUUUUUUUCGACAGGGCACAGCGACGUCAGCAGUGAGCUUGUGAGAGAUAGAGUGGUGCUUUUUGUACUUUAUCACACCUGAGCUUCGCCGAAGCCAUCAGAGUAAGAAGCUCCAUCGAAAUCAAUCAUACAGGGAAAGUAUUCCUCUGUACUAUCAAAGGAAAAACAAUAUGAUGGACAAGUGCACUUAUUUAGCAAGAAGAAUAUGUUUCUGAAGUUACGUUUCCCCAUAUUGAAGGUUUGGAGGGAGCUCACGAAGUCUGAGAGAUCUGGUUCAGACAUUCCUGCGUUACGGCCAAAACACAAUCAUGUAUGUUCACUAGACGGAAACACGUGGCAGCAUUAUUAGAAACUGUGCCUGAGCCCCAAACUGUAUUGUCGGGUUAACAUAGAAAAGCACUGUCGCAUCUAAUGUAAAAACAAAAAAUGAAAAGGAAAAAAAAAAGAAACAAAACAUAGCCUCACAACACUGUUUGGUCUCAGACUGUAAAAUUGUAUAGCUUGUGAAUGUCAGAUACUGACAUGUAUUCCAGUGUAUGUGUUGUGUAUAUAUAUAUUAUAUAUAGUUCUAUUAACACACAAUCCUCGCCGCCCUGGGUGUCAACCUUUUUAAGAUGCCCUCUGCCAAUACACCAGCUUGUACACACACAAACACACACACACAUACACACACACACACACACUCUCUCUCGUCUCAUUGUGGGGGGACUGUCCACGUGCCGCUCAUGUUGUAAAUACACUGUAUAUAUUCUCAGACUUUUUAUGACAGAACUGUGUUGUUGUGCUAGUAAUACUUUCCAAGCUUACUGUGGACUUUAGUGAUAAAUGGCUAAAGUUAGUAUGUAUAUGAAAAAGACAAAUGCAAGACCAUUUAUUACCGUUUUUACCAAAGGGAGUUGAUUAUAAAAAUAGCUGUUUUUUGCCCCCUUUGUGUGUUCCUUUAUGUCUUUGCUUUUUAAUUUCUGUAGUAAAAACAUGGGGAAAAGUAGAAAUGUAUCCAGGUCCUUCAGUUUUUAUAUGAGAAAAAAAAAUGUUUUGGUUUUUUUUUUCUUCUGAAUGUGACAUUUGGUUGGUUAGAAAAAUAAAUCACUGCCCCCUUUUUGACAACCGACACCGUCCAUGGAGAUGGUGGGACUCUUUUCAAAGUUCAGAGGAAUGAACUCCACAGCAGUCUCACCUUGUGAUGCACGCUUCCCUCCCUGGAUAGAUUUCUGCUGCGAACAUCACCCCACACCAUAUUUUUGAUAACGGAGGAAGUCACACGAGCAUGUCUUUAGUCCCUUUAUUUAGACAUUAUUUAAAGUAAUAAUAAAAACGACAUUUGUAGCCUA